AUGACUGAAGAGCCCGUCAAAGAGAUCCUUGGAACCCCAAAGUCUCCCAAGCCAGGGACAAUGGAAAAGAACCCCAAGAGCGAAGUUGUGUUCACCACGGUCCCCAUGGUCACUGAGAUUCAGCUGAUGGCUGCUACUGGGGGUGCUGAGCUCUCCUGCUACCGCUGCAUCAUCCCCUUCGCGGUGGUGGUCCUCAUCGCUGGGAUAGUGGUCACUGCAGUGGCUUACAGCUUCAAUUCCCACGGCUCCAUCAUCUCCAUCUUUGGCCUGGUCCUUCUGUCAUUGGGACUUUUUUUGUUAGCCUCCAGCGCCUUGUGCUGGAAGGUGAGACAGAGGAACAAGAAAACCAAGAGACGGGAGAGUCAGACGGCUCUUGUGGUGAAUCGGAGAAGCUUGUUUGCUUAG